CGGUCCUCGAUGGUGUGAGAAGAAGAACACCGUGGACAUGGAGUCGAUUUCUCCUUUCUACUCACUCUCCACGGAGGUCAAGUACUCUCCACCAUGGCAGGACCUGAGUAUCAUUGGUAUCGCUGGCAGUUCCGGGUCCGGAAAGACCUCGGUGGCCAUGGAGAUCGUCAAGUCCUUGAACCUGCCUUGGGUCGUUAUCUUGGUUAUGGACUCCUUCUACAAGACUUUGACUCCCGAGGAGCACCGCAAAGCGCAUGCAAAUGAAUACGAUUUUGACUGCCCGGAGUCUAUUGACUUUGAUCUCCUGGUAGACACCAUCAAGGAUCUGAAGCAAGGGAAGAAAGCCCAUAUUCCGGUCUACUCAUUCGCCGAGCACCAACGUCAGCCCCAGACGACUACGCUCUACUCACCCCGAGUAUUGAUCUUGGAGGGUAUUCUUGCGCUUCACGACCCUAGAAUUAAUGAGCUGCUUGAUGUCAAGAUCUUCGUCGAGGCGGACAUGGAUGUCUGCUUGGGCCGCAGAGUCCUGCGGGAUGUUCGUGAAAGAGGCCGAGACAUUGAAGGUAUCAUCAAACAGUGGUUCGCCUUUGUGAAGCCAUCUUGUACCAAAUACGUGUCACCUCAACGAGGCAUUUCGGACAUCAUCAUUCCUCGUGGUAUUGAAAAUACAACCGCCAUCGACAUGGUGGUCAAGCACAUCCAGCGCAAGCUCCAGGAGAAGUCUGAAAAGCAUACUGAAGCGCUUCACAAACUUGGAUUGAUCGCAGCCAAGGUGGAGCUACCCCCUAACGUGCACGUACUUCCUCCGACGCCGCAGUUUCAGGGAAUGAACACCAUUCUGCAGAAUCCCGAGACCGAGGAGGUGGACUUCAUCUUCUACUUUGAUCGACUUGCCUCGAUUCUGAUUGAAAAGGCCUUGGACAUGAUGCCGUAUCUCUCGACAAAUGUAGAGACACCGCAAGGGAACAAGUACAUGGGACUGAGACCAGAAGGGACUGUGUGCGCGGUUGCUAUCUUACGUGGAGGCUCGUGUCUGGAGACUGCCCUUAAGCGAACUAUCCCCGAUUGCAUCACUGGCCGUGUCUUGAUCCAGACGGACGAGGACAGCGCCGAACCAGAACUGCAUUACUUGAAGCUCCCGAACCAGAUCGAGGAGAACUCUAUGGUCAUGCUUCUUGAUGUCCAAAUGUCCAGCGGAGGAGCUGCAUUGAUGGCCGUGCGCGUCUUGAUUGACCACGGCGUUCAAGAAGAGAGAAUUGUCUUCGUGACCUGUGCCGCGGGAGAGACGGGUCUCAAGAGGUUAACUGCCGUGUUUCCCAAGAUCAAUGUUGUUGUCGGACGCAUUGAAGCAGACUUAGAGCCGCGGUGGAUGGAGAAGCGAUACUUCGGAUGCUAG